AUUUAUUUAGUUUCUAUGUAUCAAAUUGUGUUUUGUGAUUUGUAUAUUGGGAUUUAUACGUAGUUCAAGGCCAUAUUAAUGAGUAACUUCAAUACCGUUCGCACUGAAGAUGAGGCGCUCACCUCUCCAUCAUCAGACGAGAAAAUGGACACCGGUUCUAUGUUCUCAUCCGAGUCCUUCAAAUCCCAGGAUACCCCCAACUCCCUCUCGUCAGACUUCGAGGAGAGUCACGACCAGAACGUCCUCCGUCUCCAGAACCCCUCGGAACCUGAAGACAACCUGAACACAGCAGUCACCAAAUUGAAAUCAGAUUUAAACGAGAGUCUAAUAUCUAGAAUGACGAACCUGAACAUUGAUUCUCCAAAAGGUGUAAGACCAAGGAAUUUGGGUAUUAGUCCUCCAAAAUUCAGUUCAACCCUGACCUUGACGACGAAUCACCCUCUCAUGGGUUUGGGAAGUCCAGAAGAGAACUUUCCAGAUGUGAUACCGAAAAAAGCUCAUAAAAUGGAUGAAGAGAAAGACCUGAGUCUUUCAAGCAUAGAAGAUGAAAGACCUAAUGAUACCAACGGCUUUUACAGUCCACAGCAGAACACGUCCAAGAGUAAUCUUUACUUCACAGACAGCGUCAUCACAGCUGAUAGCCAGGUGUUAGAUGCAAGAACAGAUGGACUGACUCCAGAUGUGGCUAGAGUGGAAAGGGAGAGGAAACUCCUCUCCAGGUUUGGAGACGUGAAGAGGGAUGUACCAUCGCAGAGGGUGAGGGAAGGUCCCGUAAUUAAAUAUGUGGAGAAGAGAUGUAAUGAUCUACAUAGCACCCCUAAGUCAUUGAUCAUGGAUAUACCAGAACCAGAAGAAUUUAAUACAGGGGUGGCCGAAUGGUGUGAAUCGCCGUCUCAACUUCGAACUAUGCCCAAUUUCGAGUUACCCAUAGAACUGUCCAGUAAUAUAAGUAUUAAUAAUGAUCUGGAGUCCCCUGACGUGGUGUCGUCAUCCACCGAGGACCGGUCCGCGUACCAGGCCUUCCUGGACCCGUACACCGGCAGCGUGGCGCUCCGCCCCACGCCAGCCAAGAUGCCCCCCGACCAGAGGCGGAAAAUUAAAUUGCCACCAGAAGAGGACCGCUGCAGUCUGGACAGUAUCAGCGCAUGCUCUAUGGAGUCCGAGGACGAGCCGCCGGAGCCCGAGCCGUCAGCGGAGCCCCCGCCGUGCACUGAGCACAGUGAUGACGAGGAUACUAGAAGAUCAAAAUCAACAAACACAAUGAGUGAGUGCAGCGAUCCUAUACCAGAGUACUCAGCUGCUGAGGAGUUGAGCAAUGAGCGCUCCUGGUUGAGUGUGCCCAGGGCUGGUGGGCACGCCACCUGCGAUAUGAAGGUGAUCGAGCCGUACAAGCGCGUGGUGUCUCACGGCGGCUACGAGCCGUCGGGCGCGGCCAUCAUCGUGUUCAGUGCGUGUCACUUGCCCGACAGCGCGCGCACUGACUACCGCUACGUCAUGGACAACCUGUUCCUAUACGUGAUAUGGACACUGGAGCGGCUCGUUACAGAUGAAUACGUUCUCAUAUACUUGCACGGGAGUGCUGGCAGCCGUAAGAUGCCCACGUUCCACUGGCUCCACGAGUGUUACAAACUCAUCGACAGAAGAUUAAGAAAAAGUUUAAAACAUCUGUAUCUGGUGCAUCCAACGUUCUGGCUGAAAUCAUUCGUCAUACUCACCAAGCCGUUUGUAAGUUCAAAAUUCUUCCGAAAACUAAGCUACGUACGGACCCUCGACGAGUUGAUGCGGCUCGUGCCAGUGGAACCGAAUGCUAUACCCGAUCAGGUGAAACUUUUCGACGCAGGAAAACGGUAG